GUAAUAAUACGUACAUACAGACACGGAGCGCCGACGCGCCAGUGCGACGAGCUUGGCUUGUAGGCAGGUGCAUCCUCCACUAAUAUCCAACAAUUCUUCAGCUGGUCCCCAAUCCCCCCAAAGGACAUACAAUAACUACUGCACUAGCCUGCAUGUAAUACGAACCACACCAACAACACAACGCCCAUAUCACCCUGCGCCGCUGCGGCCCUCGCGAGGGUGACGACCACCUCGCCUGCGCCCUUACUCCCCCAGACAUCGCGCUCUUCGCCGCCGCCGCCCACUGCUCGCUACUUUCGCGGCGGGCCUGCUGCGUGCCUUCUUUCGCCCUGUCUCAGAUCCGACUCGAGCGAGCCCGCAAUGGCUGCCCCGGGCAAGCAGUCGAGAUGGGGCUCGUUCCUCUCCCAGGCCGUCGCCGGGGUCGAGUCGCGCCUCGACAACAUCCUCGCCGAAGCCGACGAGUCCUCUCAGCAGAAGCCAAUGCCCGCCGGUGCUGCUGCUGCUGCUGCUACUUCUCCGGCGAGCAGCCCCAAGCCGGCACAGCUCGCCGCGCUCCCGAAGCCGACUCCUGGCAGUUCGAGGUCUUCCUCUACGAACCGUACCAAUGACCGGCUACAGGCGAGACUGGCCAAGGCCAUGGCCAGCAAGAACGCUCCCGGCCCUACGGACAGCAAAGGCACGCCGUCCCCGCGCAGCUCCGUCGACGUAUCGAACCGCCCGUCCAUGGAGAGGCCAUCAAUGGACAAGGAACAGCAAAGCCAGGCCGACACUCCGAGAGCCGAGAGCCCCGCCGCCGGUGCGGCGCCGCCCGACGCGUCACCAGAGAUGGACGAACCACAACAUCAGCCGAGCAAUGUCGAACCCCGAGACGAACGAAUUAUCAGCCAACAUGACACCGUUGACAAUGCCGUCACAACAGGCGACUCGAUCUCCUCCAACGGCGACACCAACGACGCGGCUAAAAAGCAAAAUAGCCAAGUAGUGGUGUCAGACGCCGUCCUCUCAGAUCUGGCCAAGGACAUGGAGCAGAUCAAGCAGCGGCAACAGGAGGAGAUUCAAGAAUACGUCGAGCGUGUUGAUUCACUGCAGGCAAAGCUACAGUACCUGUCCAAGACGGCCGCGGACACGGCCAAAAAAGCCGCGAGCGCGGCGGCCACGGGCAGCAUUGAGCGCAAGCUAGCGGAGAAGGACGAGAAGAUUGCUCUGCUAAUGGAAGAAGGCGGGAAACUAUCAAGCACGGAGCAAAAGUUCCGCAUGACUAUCAAGAAGCUGCGUCAGCAGAUGGCGGAGCACGACAAGCAGACCGAAGAGCUCAAAAUGGCUCGCGACAAGGCCAUGGGCGACGCAGAGUCGUUGCGCAAACGCCUAGACAGCGCAGAAGGAAGCGAGAAGCGUCAAGAGGAGACGAAGCGCGCCACCGCCGCUCUGCAGAAGGAGAUUGACGCACUGAAAAGGGAGCGCGCGAAAAAGGACGAGGCAUAUCGGCGUCUGGAGCAGGACGCCAAGACAAGAGCAGAACAGGCGGAAGCGGCGAGCACGGAAGCCCUCAACAAAGCGUUGGCCACUGAACGUGCGAAGCAAAAGGAGCUGGAGGACGCAAACGCAGCGCUCCGGGCAGAGAAGGAGGCUCUUAGCGACAAGGCACGCCUAGAAGCCAUAGAAUGGAGCGAGAAGUUGGAGCGCGCGGCACAAAGGAGCAGCAAGGUGGAAGAGGAGCUCAAGGCUGAGUUGCGCUCCACGGAGAGCAAGCUCGAGGCCAUGCGUACUGCCGCAGAGGAAGCGUCGUCUGGGUCGGGAGGGGAAGCCCAGGUCAAGAUGUUCCGCCAGAUCGAAACUCUGCAGUCCCAGUACGCGACUGCCCGCGAGAACUGGCAAGGUAUCGAAUCCUCACUGCUUGCCAAGGCGGCCACCCUCGAGAAGGAAAGAGACGAGGCACAGAGACGCGAGUCCGAGAUGCGCAAGAAAGCUCGCGAUACGGCGAGCCGAAAUAGAAGUCUUGAAGAUGAACUGGCAGAUCUCGAGCCGGCACUCGCCACAGCAAGGCACGAACUAGAGUCGUUUCGCGACCAGGUGGUAGAGCUCAAGGCCUUGUCCAAGAAGACGCAGGAGGCCCUCGAGCAGGCCAGGGCCGAUCUCGACAAGGCCAAGCAGCGGUCGAUAAGUCAAGACGAUGGUGGCGACGCAGAACGGCGGCAGUGGGUCGACGACGUUGCUGGCGCCACCCACAGGGGCCAACAGAGCCGUCCCGACUCGCCCCUGCUAUCAGUCUCGCGGACGUUCAGCUCAGAACUCCUGGGCGGAUUGCCGAUGCCCGGGAAGCCUCGGCGGACGCCGACCUCGGGUAGUAUCCCGGACAGUCCUGCGGAGGUCAUGUCGCCGAUGCGACGCCUGUCCGGGCAACCUCCCUUGCGGCCCGCCGUGCCCUCGACGAUCGGGUCCGGUCCGCCGCCGGCACCGUUCUCUCCCUUCGAGCCGCCAGCCGACGCAGCGCAAGUCCCCUCGCCACCAACCGCAGAGCGCGAGAACGGUGCCGAUGAGGUGGCCUCGUCGUCCCCGCGCAACAUCGCCCAGGACAUGAUCUCGGUCUCGACCGUGGCUGCGGGGCCGUCCGUCCAGCUCGUCGAGAGGAUGAGCGCAGCGAUCCGGCGGCUCGAGGCGGAAAAGGUGGCGGCCAAAGAGGAGAUGGCGAGAAUAUGCAACCAGCGAGACGAGGCCCGGGGCGACAUGGUGGGCCUCAUGAAGGAGCUGGACGAGGCCAAGGACGCGGCCAAGAAGGUGCCGCAGCUGGAGGAGCAGGUGUCGCAGCUCGACUCGCGAUACCAGACCACGCUGGAGAUGCUCGGAGAGAAGAGCGAGCUCGUUGAGGAGCUCCGGGCCGACGUGCAGGACGUCAAGGCCAUGUACCGCGAGCUCGUCGAGCGAACCGUGCAAAGGUAGAGAUGAGAGUGACGAGGCGAGAGCAGAAGGAGGAGGACGCAUGCACCAACGGACGAUGAUAAUGGAUAGACGGCUGCCAGCAUUUGCCUCAUUACACGGCGUCUAUCUCUCAUAGUUACGAAGAAGAAGACAGGUCGACGCCCUCGCGCUCGGCCCCACGCAUUAUGUACAGGCGCACCUGUUUUGAAGGAGACGUCGGUUAGUUGACAAAUACACUUGCCGCUUGGUGUGU